GUGAAGCCAAGGCUCCGGGGGGUGCCUCGCUGACCGCCGCUCCCUGCUGUGACAGGCCAUCCAGGCCGGCAGCGCUGAGCCCCGCCAUGGAGGACGGGCGCGAGCUGGACCUCACCUACGUCACCGAGCGCAUCAUCGCGGUGUCCUUCCCCGCGGGCUGCUCCGAGGAGUCCUACCUGCACAACCUGCAGGAGGUGACGCGCAUGCUGCGGUCCAAGCACGGGGACAACUACCUGGUGUUAAACCUUUCAGAAAAAAGAUAUGAUCUCAUGAAGCUGAACCCCAACAAGAUCCUGGACGUGGGCUGGCCCGAGCUGCACGCGCCACCGCUGGACAAGGUGUGCAGCAUCUGCAAGGCCCAGGAGACCUGGCUGAACAGCGACCCGCAGCACGUCGUCGUCAUCCACUGCAGGGGCGGGAAGGGCCGCAUCGGAGUGGUCGUCUCCUCCUACAUGCACUUCACCACCGUCUCAGCCAGCGCCGACCAGGCCCUCGACAGAUUCGCGAUGAAGAAGUACUAUGACGAUAAAGUCUCGGCUCUGAUGCAGCCUUCCCAGAAACGGUACGUGCAGUUCCUGAGCGGGCUGCUGGCGGGGACGGUGAAGAUGAACGCCGCGCCCCUGUUCCUGCACUUCGUCAUCGUGCACGGCACCCCCAACUUCGACGCGGGCGGAGCGUGCCGGCCCUUCCUGAAGCUCUACCAGGCCAUGCAGCCCGUGUACACGUCGGGGAUCUACAACAUUGGCCCAGAAAACCAGAGUCGGAUCUACAUUGCCAUCGAGCCGGCCCAGCUCCUGAAAGGGGACAUCAUGGUGAAGUGCUACCACAAGAAGUACCGCUCCGCCACCCGCGACGCCAUCUUCCGCCUGCAGUUCCACACGGGGGCCGUGCAGGGCCACAGCCUCGUCUUCGGGAAGGAGGAGCUGGACGGCGCCUGCCAAGACGACCGCUUUCCCGCCAACGGGAAGAUCGAAUUGGUGUUCUCGGCCACCCCCGACAGGAUCCCAGGCUGCGAGCACCUGCGCAAUGACCACGGGGUGAGCGUGGACUUCAACACGGCCGACCCGCUGAUCCGCUGGGACUCCUACGAGAACCUGAGCGCUGACGGCGAAGUGCCGCACACGCAGGGCCCGGUCGACGGCAGUCUCUACGCAAAGGUGAGGAAGAAGAGCGCCUCGGACCCCGGCGUCCCAGGCGGGGCCCCGGCCGUGCCCGCCGCCCGCAGCCCGGACCACAGUGACCACACCCUGUCGGUCAGCAGCGACUCGGGCCACUCCACGGCCUCCGCGCGGACAGACAGGACCGAGGAGCACCUGGCUCCGGGGCCCAAGAGGGGCCUGAGCCCCCAGGAGAAGGCCGAGUUGGAUCAGCUGCUCAGCGGCUUUGGCCUCGACGAUGCCGGCGGCCCCCUCCAGGACAUGACCGAUGCGUGCGCCAAGUUCAGCGGGACACGCCACGUCGUGCCGGCCCAGGUCCACGUGAACGGGGACACCGCCCCGAGGGACCGGGAGACGGACAUCCUGGACGACGAGGUGCCCAGCCACGACCUGCACAGCGUGGACAGCGUCGGGACCCUGUCCUCCUCAGAGGGACACCAGGCGGCCCACUUGGGCCCUUUUGCCUGCCACCAGAGCAGCCACAACUCACUCCUGUUGGAGGGGUUCGGCAGCAGCGCCGUGGAAGACCAGCACAGCGCGCUGGCCCCAGGCCUGGGCCUCAGUGUGGGGCCCCUCUACGAGCGAGAGGCCUUCGGAGGCCGCGAGCCCAAGCAGCCGCCACCCGAGCGCGGGGCGCCCUGCGUGUCCCUGCAGGCGCCGGCCUACGAGCCGAGCGGCUACUCCACGCAGACCUGGGUGCGCCAGCAGCAGCUGGUGGCCGCCCAGCAGUACAGCUUCGCCCCCAGUGGGGAGGCCCGGCUCAUGGGCCACGGCCCCGCGGAUGGCCCCCGUCUGGCACAGGCCCAGCCCAGGCUCCUGGUCACCCCCGCCCCGGGGGCCGGCAGCCGGGUGCCCCCCCAGAGGGGCGUGGGCCCCGGGACACAUCCGCCCGACACGCCGCGGCCCCCUCCUGGCAAAGCUCUGAAAGCCAGGUUCCCGGAGGUCAGCGUCGUCAAUGGGAUGGGCCCAGCGCCCAGCCCAGACCCCUCCCCGGGCUCGCCCACCCUGGACAUCGACCAGUCCAUCGAGCAGCUCAACAGGCUGAUCUUGGAGCUGGACCCCACCUUCGAGCCGCUCCCCACUCACCUGAGCACGCUGGGCAGCCAGGCCAACGGCCCCGCAGCCCCGGACAGCGUGGCGGGGGGACUCCGGGCCAGCGGCCGCCUGCAGGACAGAGGCGAGGACCCCGGCAGGGUCGCCGCGCAGCAAGGCCCCUCUGGGGACGAGUCGCUGGGCCGCAGAAGGUUCCGGAAGCUGAGCCUCGGACAGUAUGACAACAACGCCGGGGGGCAGCCUGCCUUCUCCAAGUGUGGCUGGGGGAAGCCCACGGGAGCAGAGCAGACCCUGGGCCUGGCACCUUUCCUGUCUCUAACGGACGCUAAAGAGGUGGUCAUGGCCGGGUAUCCCCCAGACCUCGACGGGGUGGACGGCGGUGACUUCUCUCCAAGCAAGAGCAGCAGCGAGUCUGCGCCGCCCACACCGGCCUUCCCGGUGUCUCCGCAGACACCGUAUGUGACGACGCCCCCGCACUACCCUGCGUUCGGCCUGCCUGGGCCGCAGACGGGCUGCGCCGGCGGCCUGUGCAAAGCAGCUCACGACCCCCGCGGCUGCCCCGAGGUCCUUGGUCAGCCCGUGGGGAUGUCAGAGAGCCCCGUGGGACCCAAGCCUCCGGCACCGUCCUUCCCACGGGCAUUCACGUCCUCCUGUGCCAGCGCCAGCAGCAGCCCCAGCUCGAGGAGGGACAGCCUCCCGCCGACUGAGCACCAACGGGCGGACCCCAGCCCCAAGCCCACGCGGGCCCUGCUGGGAAGCAGCCGAUCCCCGGGGAGCCUCCUCCUCAGCCCCAGCGAGUUCCCGGGCCCCGGCAAGGACGGCCCCGGCCCAGGGCGGCCGCACCUCCCGCCCGUCGAGCUGCAGGCCUGUCUCCACAGCCACUCGCUGUCGCUGGCGGAGCCCCCGGAAGCUCUGGGCCCCCCGAGCAGCCAGGCCUUCCUGGGCUUCGGCUCGGCCCCGGUGGGAAGCGCCGUGGGAGCCGGCCUGCCCCCUGCGGAGGACCCCGGGGCUCCGCUGGCCAGUCCGCACGGAGCGCCCCCGCCCCCUGGCGGCCCGCGGGCAGCUGCCGCGGCCGUCGACAACGGCUUCCUGCCCCACGGCUUCCUGGCCGCGGCACCUGGGCACAGCAGCCCCCACAGCCCCGGCCUGCCCCUGCCCGGGCAGCCCCCACUCCCCGAGAAGAAGCGGGCCUCGGAGGGGGACCGCUCCCUCGGCUCCGGCUCGCCGUCCUCCAGCGGCUUCUCCAGCCCGCACAGCGGGAGCACCAUGAGCAUCCCCUUCCCGAACGUCCUCCCGGACUUCUCCAAGCCUCCCGAGGCUGCCGCCCUUUCCCUGGAUAACCCGGGCGACAAGCACGUGUCGGUGAGCUUCGUGCAGGACACCUCCAAGUUCUGGUACAAGGCGGACAUCUCCAGGGAGCAAGCCAUCGCGAUGCUGAAGGACAAGGAGCCGGGGUCGUUCGUCGUCCGUGACAGCCACUCCUUCCGGGGCGCCUACGGCCUGGCCAUGAAGGUGGCCACUCCCCCGCCUUCCGUCCUGCAGCUGAACAAGAAAGCUGGAGAUUUGGCCAACGAGCUGGUUCGGCACUUUCUGAUCGAGUGCACCUCGAAGGGCGUGCGGUUGAAAGGCUGCUCCAAUGAGCCGUACUUCGGGAGCCUGACGGCCCUGGUGUGCCAGCACUCCACCACGCCCUUGGCCUUGCCCUGCAAACUGCUCAUCCCCGACAGAGAUCCACUGGAGGAAAUAGCAGAAAGUUCUCCCCAAACAGCGGCCAACUCCGCGGCGGAGCUGCUGAAGCAGGGGGCAGCCUGCAACGUGUGGUACCUGAGCUCCGUGGAGAUGGAGUCCCUCACGGGCCACCAGGCCGUGCAGAAGGCCCUGAGCCUCACCCUGGCCCAGCAGCCUCCGCCCCUGUCGACGGUUGUGCACUUCAAGGUGUCGGCCCAGGGCAUCACCCUGACAGACAAUCAGAGGAAGCUCUUCUUCCGGAGGCACUACCCCGUGAGCAGCGUCAUCUUCUGCGCGCUGGACCCGCAGGGCAGGAAGUGGACUGCGGACGGCGCGGGCGCGAGAGUCUUCGGGUUCGUCGCUCGGAAGCAGGGCAGCGCCACGGACAACAUGUGCCACCUGUUUGCGGAGCACGACCCCGAGCAGCCCGCCAGCGCCGUCGUCAACUUCGUGUCGAAGGUCAUGAUCGGCUCCCCUAAGAAGGUCUGAGCCCCCCGCCCGCGGGGGAAGGUGCCAGAGGGGCUGGGCGGCCCCGCGGCGACCCUACGGCGACCCUGCGGCAACCUGGACCUGCUGCCUCCUCCAGCUUCCCGAGCCACCCUCCGCACCCCCCCCACGCCUCUUCCUAACGGGCAGCGCCCGCACGUCCGUCGGCAGCCCGGCCCUUCCUGGGCUGAAGUGGGCACCGGCCACCCACCCAGCGCCACAGCCAGGCCGUGUGAGGAAAUGUGGGUCCUCUGCACCUCCCACGCUGGCGUCCGGGGCCACCCAGCCCCCUCUGCCACAGCCGUGACCACAGUGCACGGCCACACUGUGGCGGGCCCCCCGCAGGCCACCGCCUUCCCAGGACAGGAACACCCAUGUGACGAGGGUCUCCGAAGGUCCCUGCAGAGCGCGGCGUGGACCAGGGGACAGCAGGACAGGCUGUGGGGACGAGGGUGUCACCCCCAGGCCUGGUGGCAGCCCCAGCCUCCAGUCACGUCGGGUCGGAAGACGCGCCGGCUGCGGGGAGGAAGGGCGAAGGCGGAAGUGACGUGCCACUUCCGUGUAACUCGGUUUCUUUGCCGAGUCGUUUGCAGCCACGCUCCUCGCUGCCGGCCACGCCCGGGUGUCCCUGCGGCAGCCCCUGCGCCCGGCGUAUCAGAGGCAUCGGGACAGAGGGCGACACUGCGGACUGGCUCCCACGUGCGGUGACCCUCACGGUGUCCUUGCCAGGCUGCGGUGACAUCCUUUCUGGGCGGAAGGUUCUGGGAGGGUGGAACACGCUGCGCUCCGGCAGCUCCCUCUGGUCGGUCACGUCCCUACCCGCAGGCUCCUGGGCGUCCCGUGCGCUUCCGGCUCCCUGAGCUGGGCAGAGGGCGUCUCAGCCUUACGGGGGGGUUGGGGACCUCCCACCGCGCCGCAGCCACAUGUGCACGCCAUGCACGCCGGCCCGGCGUGGCAAGGGGCUGACCCCUCACCUGGCCCACCUGUGGUCACGGCGUGGGGGUCCUGUUCUCUGCUGUGGACACAGCACCGGCCCCUGCCACCCGGAGUCAGCAGUGCGGGCCGCAGGCAGGGGUCGGGGCGGGCUUCGGGGGCUCCGUGUUAAGUGGAUUGGGGGCGCGGGACGAGGAGCUGGGACCCUGAAGGGCGGUGGGCCCACCGCUUAGCACCCACCACAAGUGCCUCAUUUCUGUGCCAAAUGCCCACCUCGUCCCGCAAGGCGGGCCUCGUCCGUCACACGGCUGGUGCCUCCCCUGCCCAGGUCCCAGCCCUGCGGAGGCAUGUGGCUGUCGCUGCGGGAAGUGGGGAGGGGACUGGGGUUGGUACUGUCCCCGGGAGACACCACGUCUUGCGAUGGCUCACGCCCAAGUCAACCCAAGGACUGCAGGCCAGGCCCCUUGUCUCGGGCAGAGAGCGAGUGGCGUGUGGCUGAGACGCACGACCCCAGGGAUCUGGGAGACCUGGGUGCCCCGCGCAGUCACAUCCUGGAUGCCGAGAAGCCAGGCACCUUGCUUUUCAAACUGACGGGCCAGUGGCCUGUCUUCGCGGUGGUCGAGGGCCCCAGAGGCUGCUCCAGGCAGGUGGCUCCCGAGGCAGCCAGCCCCUGGUUUCCGACCAGCUGGUACGACAGGGCCUUUGCGUGUUACAUGUGCAUGAAACGGGGUGGCGCGCGCAUGACCUUGGCGCCGGGCCGUGGGCGAGCCCCGCCGCUGGCCUAGGCUCCGCGCAGCAGCCGACGCCUCCCCAGACUCCUCUCCGGGCGCCCCCAGCCAGGGCGCCGGGCCCCUCGCCAGACCGGUGCGUGUCCCGCCAGUGCUCACCCGUAACCCAGCCGAGUCACGCCCGGGUAAGGGCCUCCCCGUGUGCCCUGGCAUCCGCUGCACCCGGCCGCCACCUCUGCCUUAACUACUAGCGGGCAUUUUUACUUUUCUUAUAUUGUAAAGAACAUAUCCAGUAUGUAAAUGAAUGUUCUAUAAACCCUUUGUAUAGUCAUUUUCUCUGCUCUCAAAAUAUUGUCUCUAUUCAGAGUAUAAUAAAAUAUUAACCUUGG